GCGCGCCCCAGGAGGAAAGAGUCGCACGAUACAAAGUCUCACCCGCGCGGCCACGGCGAGCAGAUCUGGGUGUGGACUCACAUCGAGGAGGGCCGCAUCAUCUACUCCCUCGAGCCGUUAUUGAAGCCCAUCAAAGCCUUCGAGCAGGUGCCCUUCACGGGCAAGAAGCUGGUGCCCGCCAAGCUGCGCAAGGACUACUGGCGGCCGAUGGCCUUGAUCGACUUUAAACAUAACCCGGAGGCGGCGGCAGAACCGCCAUCUAUAGGGAAGGACACGAUGGGGCUGGUAGGGCGGUCGGUGUACCAGAAGCUGCGCGAGCUCAAGCUGCGCCACGACCUCGAGUGGGACGACGGGCAACUGAUCCAGAUGAAGAAGCACGACCGCGGCGUCGAGCUCAACGACCAGAGGGGAAACAGUGUUGCCGACAUUUCGGCCGUCCUCGGCGGCAUCGGCAAGGGCAACAAGAUGUGGUACUACCCAGCGGUGGAGGCGGCGGAAGCGGAGGUGGAAGCGAGCCUGAAGGCGUCGGCCGUCGUCGAGACGGUGACACCCGAGGAAGAACGCGUCCUGCAAAUCCACCGCGCCACCAUCUACUGGGCCAACGAGGAGGACAGGCACUGGGCCGCCGAGUGGCCGGAAAACGUCACGCACGUCGUGGGG